AUGUUAUUGGAAGAUUUGUGUUUCAAAAUCUAUUUCUGGCCAUUUCUUUCGUAUCUGGCCAGUCUGAAGGGAUUAUGUCCCUUUUAUCCACACGGCUUUUUUCCCAUUAUAACAUUACCGCCUGAUGCCGGUUCAACAUCCACUUCACCUAUACCCACAUACCAGCCAACACCACCUACUACUUUACCACCCUGUCCGGCAGAUCCUUUAGUUUGUUUGCCGGGCGGUGAAAGACCCAUAUCGUAUUGUCCCUGCAUAGAUCCGAGACAACAAAAUGGUCAGACAACUACCACUGCUGAUAUGACUAGUGCUGAAACUGAUUUUAUGGAUUUAGAGAAUUUACAAUUAAGAUUGGCUCCCACUUAUCCAACAGCUGUUAUGAGUUCGGAAAUGAUGAUAUUUUCUCACUUGGAUAAUGAUGCAAAAAAGAAAAGAAGAAGAAAACGCAAGAAACGUGAAGUCGUGAAGGAGUCGAGAAAAAUUUAA